GCGUUCUGUUCUUCUUCAUGUUUGUGAGUGUUGGCUUUGAAAACUGAAAAGCAGAGAGAGAAAUGGAGAAGAUGAAGAUAGAAGAGGUUCAGUCGACGACGAAGAAACAGCGUGUUGCUACUCACACUCACAUUAAAGGCCUAGGUCUCGAGGCCAGUGGAAAAGCAUUGCCUUUUGCUGCUGGAUUUGUGGGACAAGCAGAGGCAAGAGAAGCAUCUGGGCUUGUGGUUGAUAUGAUACGGCAGAAGAAGAUGGCUGGCCGGGCACUCCUUCUCGCCGGACCGCCUGGUACCGGCAAGACUGCAUUGGCACUUGGGAUAAGUCAGGAGCUUGGGACCAAGGUUCCAUUCUGCCCUAUGGUUGGCUCCGAAGUAUACUCGUCGGAAGUAAAGAAGACUGAGGUUCUUAUGGAAAAUUUUCGACGGGCUAUUGGCCUGCGUAUCAAGGAAAAUAAGGAAGUAUAUGAGGGAGAGGUAACUGAGCUCUCUCCGGAAGAAGCCGAAAGUGUUACAGGGGGUUAUGGUAAAAGUAUUAGCCAUGUGAUAAUUGGAUUGAAGACGGUGAAAGGAACCAAGCAACUGAAGUUGGAUCCUACCAUAUAUGAUGCCUUGAUUAAGGAAAAGGUAGCAGUUGGGGAUGUUAUAUACAUUGAGGCAAAUAGUGGGGCUGUAAAAAGGGUGGGCCGAAGUGAUGCUUUUGCUACAGAGUUUGACCUUGAAGCUGAGGAGUAUGUUCCACUUCCUAAGGGUGAGGUUCACAAAAAAAAGGAGAUUGUUCAGGAUGUAACUUUACAUGAUCUGGAUGCUGCGAAUGCACGGCCUCAAGGGGGGCAAGAUAUUCUGUCUCUUAUGGGUCAGAUGAUGAAGCCCAGGAAAACAGAAAUCACUGACAAGUUGAGACAAGAAAUUAACAAGGUUGUCAACCGAUAUAUCGAUGAAGGUGUGGCAGAGCUUGUCCCUGGAGUCCUAUUUAUUGAUGAGGUUCAUAUGCUAGAUAUGGAGUGUUUUUCAUAUCUGAAUCGUGCUUUAGAGAGCUCCCUAUCUCCAAUUGUAAUCUUUGCUACAAAUAGAGGAAUAUGCAAUGUAAGGGGAACUGAUAUGACCAGUCCUCAUGGCAUACCUGUUGACCUGUUGGAUCGGUUGGUGAUCAUCCGAACGCAAACCUAUGGUCCUGCUGAAAUGAUACAGAUUCUAGCAAUCCGUGCUCAAGUAGAGGAACUGGUUGUGGAUGAGGACAGUUUAGCUUACCUUGGGGAGAUUGGACAACGGACAUCAUUAAGGCAUGCCGUUCAGCUGUUAUCACCUGCCAGCAUUGUUGCAAAAAUGAAUGGCCGAGAUAACAUCUGCAAGGCGGAUCUUGAGGAAGUUUGUUCGCUAUAUUUGGAUGCCAAAUCUUCAGCCAGGUUACUUCAAGAGCAGCAGGAAAAAUACAUCUCAUAAUUCUGUUUUCAAACCGUUGCCUGGUGGUUGGGUUUGAAUGUAACUGGUUUGCUUGAUUGCUUCUGCUGUCUCCUGCAUGGCGUGGGAUAAUUGGUUCACGAAUACAUCUGGAUGUUGUCGAUGGUAUCAGGGACCUAAGAUAAAGGACCUGACUCAUUGAUUAACAAUUACAUUGGUUAUAGUGUGCUGUAAUUUGUUGUUAAAUUCAUGAUUUUGUUAUAUUUCAUGACAUUCUGACUGCUGAAAAUGAGAAGGCAACUUGGAAAUGUAAUGAGGCGGUUUGUUUCCUCUUUCCCAUAUGUUUUCUUCUCUAUAUUUUGUUUUGCUUUUCUUAGUUCUGUUGAUAAUGCACAAACGCAGUAGUUGCUAUGUUGAUGUAGAUGAUAUGUACUCUUCUUGGGGGCUUUUAAAAGAAAGCAAGAAGACUCGAUGUAAGCAAGAAGCCAAUUAAUACUCAACAGUAUGUGUUGU